AUGACUAGGGUCAUUGUGUUGCUUUGUCUAGCGUUUUACAGCUCGGCUGAAAGCAUCGCCAACUCCGAGCCGCUUGUAAAUGUUAGUUAUCAUACCAGCAAAGCCCCAACAUAUUCCAUGCCAAAUGACCCGUCGCUAAAGCCAUACAACAGUGCUGAAGCCAGAGCCCCUGAUUUUGCCUCCUUGGUUUCGGACCUUGAGGAAUCAAAGAUGCUGCUGGCAUUAGCCGGAGCGAGCGCAAGUCAUCAAGGAGUCGCUUUUGAUCUUGAUGCUGCAGAUAGUAUUGCUGCAGAUAUUAUUGCUGCAGCGAAUCUUAUGAGGUUGCAAGGUCAAGAUAGCAUCUCCGAGAUAUCAAAGCAUGCCACACGCCGUCUCUUCAUGGUCUAUAAGCCGGGUGAGCAGGACAAUCUGGUGGAUUAUAUCGGCAGUGUGAAGUAUAGUAAGUGGGAAAGCGCGGUGGUCUACAUCUGCAAAGACAAAAAGGAUCUGGCUAGAUCCAGCAUUGUCGAAGUCUUGACGACUGCGUAUGGAGACCAGACUCUGUGUGAUGCACUGAAACUCAAGCAAGCUAUGAAUGAGCACGAUGAAGUCGCACGUUCAUUAAGCGACGCACAGGUACAUAUGUGGGCGACAACCGGUAAGGAUCCGGAAAAUGUUUUUAUGUGGCUCAAAGGUAGUGGAAACGGCGACUCUUUCAAACCUAUAUUACGUAGAGGGUGGGAGACUUUCGUUGAGUUUCGUGAUCGAGGCGAAAACCCGGACGAACUACUGAAAAAGCUCCAUCAUCAUGAUGGAGAGGACAAAGUCGAAGGAGCUUUACGUCCUAAUUAG